AACAUGUAGCAACUGGGAGUGGAGCCCAAGCAUUCUUGAGAGUUAUCACCAGCAAGAACACCAAGAAACAAAUUCUAAACUUUCCAUCCCAGACCUCUUGGCCAGUGACAGACCAGAGACAUUCGGUACAAUGAAUGCCCUGCAUUUUGGUGCUUCGUUCUUUUGCUUCAUCAGCCUUCUGUGCUUGCUCACUGCUUUGAGUUCAGACUAUUGGAUAGUGGAUUCCAGCGAACAUUUUGGUCUAUGGAAAAUUUGUAACCACCGAAUAUGUAACUCACUAGGUGUGGAGUUAGUAUCAGCCUCUUUUCAUGCCACCCGAACCUUUAUGUUUCUGGGGAUGAUCGCUGGAGCUGCCUCUCUCGUUGGGCUUUGCACCCUGAAUAAAAACUGCAGUCUUGGCAAUAGCAGUAUCUCCACGGGCUGGAUCGCAUAUAUUGGCAGCUUUAUGGCAGGCUUCUGCGUCAUGAUUGCCAUGUCCGUUUUCACAGGACAGUUUGGUCCCACCAGCCUAUAUGGAUGGUCUUUCGGCUUAGGCUGGACCUCUUUUCCAUUGUACCUUCUAACUGGUUCUCUUCUUUAUAGAUUGCAUACGAAUACAGCAACAUAAGCAUAGGAGAAAUAUGGUGCUGCCUUUGGAGAUGAGCAGUGAAGCUGCACUGAUAACCUGGAGGCACAGAGAAUGUCCAAUCAGAAUUAUUUGCCCUGCAACAAAUUUAUAAGAUGAAGGAUGAAGGCAGAAGAAUUAGUUUAACUUUAGAAAAACAGCCGUACGUUCCCAGCCCCUCCCUGUCCCAUUUUUCUCAAAAAUAUUCAGAUUGUUUCUUUCUGAAGGUCAUUCGGAUUUGCAAAUGUUAAGAACUUUGGGAGACUUCUGCAAGCAGGUCCCAGGAAGCAGGAAUUCUACUCUUCUCCCUUCUUUCCUGUUCCAGGAAACCAAAGGUGCUUUUUGAUUGAUCUGUGCUCUGAGGGUCCACACCCAUUUGGCCUAUUCAGGUGACCCAGAGAGUACAGAUAAACCCC